AGUGGGAAGAGUGGGGAGGGUGGACUAAGGAAUUCGUUGACUUGCAAGGAAUUUUCCAUUGUACUGAAUUUUCAUUCUCAUUUAUCGUACUUCUCUUACUUUAUUAAGUUAAUAUCAAAUAUGAUGAAUGAAGAUAGGGAUAGAGACGACGAGUCUGUGGGUGAUUUCUGGUUAACUAAUUGGGAACAACAGUGUAUUCAACACCUUGAAAAUGAACCUGACUAUGAAGGGCAAGUAAUAAAUGACAGGGAUUUAGCAACUCAAAAGGCAUGGUGUUGUUUUCAAAAUUCAGCAACUGCUAUAGCACAGCUUUAUAAAGAUCGACUGCAAGAUGUUCCAACAUUAUGGGUGCCUUUUCAAACUGCAGCUGGCUCAGUUGCUACUCUUUAUAAAGAUGCCACAGAAGCCAUUAAACGACAAGGUGAACUUGGUACACAGUGUGGAUACCAACGUAGGAACAAAGAGCUACUCAACUGGGCGCGCAAGAAGCGGAGACACAUCCGACGGGAGGAGUUGAUAUCUUAUCUGGCAGGAAAACCACUCCCUCCACGUACAACAUGCUCUCAUCAUGCUCACCACAGGAUGUCUCCUCUGCCUAGACUGGUAGUCAGCAGUCACUCUGGCAACUCUCAUCAAGGCAUGGUGCAGGACAGUGCUGCGGCUAGCAUGGACAAUAUCCUACACAUGUUGUAACCGUAUGUUUGUGUCGUAGGAUGUCUCCUCUGCCUAGACUGGUAGUCAGCAGUCACUCUGGCAACUCUCAUCAAGGCAUGGUGCAGGACAGUGCUGCAGCUAGCAUGGACGAGAACCUACACAUGUUCCGCGAGGCCUUGGCCAUCUCAGGUGGUGGUUCACGCAGACAACGAGCCGCUGAGCUGAGCGCCUUUGUCGCUGGAGAGUUUGCCCGACACUGUCAAGCUGUCAAGCGGCCAAUGCCUUCGCCUCCACCUCACGACGUCAACAUGGACAGUCCCACACAUCCCAAGAGGCCCCGGUUUAUGUAGCCUCAACCGUUCUGAGUCCACCUUCCCAUGCCUGUAUAUACCGACCUCUCGCUACAAAGGCGUCUACAUAGUAAGGCGUUUCGCUAGCUGUACAUUCUCCGUCUCGCUAUAUAGUAAGGCAUCACGCUAGCUGUACAGACGUACGUACUUCCGAUUGUUAAUGUUCAUAUUGUAAAUAGGCCGCGUGUUUCUUAAACAUAAACGAGUGUAACUUAAUUUCUGUAGGAAAAGAUUGUAAGUUCGGUUUGACUGGAUAGUUUGCACGUAGACUGUUGUGAUUAUCGAUUUUAUUUAACAUUUAUUUAUCGAUUAUUGACUUAUUUAUAUACUGAUAUUGAUUUAUUUUUAUCAUCGAUUCUAUUUAUUCCCUGCACACUACGAAUCCGCACAAUAAUUUAUCUUAGGAGUUUUCCCCAAUACUCAUUAUACCUAAAAUGUUUGCCAUCUGUUUUGCCAAUUCAAAUUGAAUUUGUUUAUUUAGCGUUUAGAACGUUUUGUUCAUGUUAAACAUGACUUGGUCUCUUUUUUUAAGUUUUCUCCUCGUGAUGAGUUUAUGCCGUGUGAUUUAUAAUCAACAAUAAAGGUAUUUUCCUUUUUCUAAGAUCUUACCAAAGUAUGAGAUAUGGCUAUAUUCUCAAGUUUCAGAUUUAGGAUUUGGUUUCGUUAGAGUUACAAGCUGUUUCCCGUUUAUUACCAAUUGACUGAGUGGCUUAUAUAAUGUUUUUUUUUCUUAUAAAUGAUCGGCUGCGUCUGGUACUAAUUUAUGGGAUGUCAAAUGCAGUAGCCUAUCUAACAGUACGUGGUAUUAGCCCGUGAAUAUUAUAGAUUAUUAGCAACACACUAAUUUUACCCAACAGUUAUAUUUAAAAUCCACAAUUGAUGUUUUUUCCUUAAUUUAGCACCAACAAACUUAUCUACAAAAUAUAUUUUACAUUACAAGGCUCUAAACACUUGACAAUUAGGGUAGUUAAAUGAUGCUUUAACCAGUUGUGUUUCGUUGGAAUAUACAUUUUAAUGGAACUGAAAAAGCUCUAUUCUCAGUUUUUAAUUCUUUUUCAUGUUAUCUUACCAAAGUUUGAAACUGUUUUAUACUAAUGCUAUUAUGCAUUUAUAAUUUAAUUUUGGUUCAGUUAUUCCCAAACUUAAAAGUAGUUUGGUACAUUGAGGAAAUGUUUAGGACAAUUGAGAAAAGAAUUGUGGUUUGAUCCUGAUAUCCUGAUAUACCGUAAAGUGAUAAAAAAAAAUAUCUCUCAUCUUUUACUUGCUGAAACUGAUGAAUAAAUUUUACAUGUGGCUCUCUAUUUUUACAAGUUAAAUUGUUAAAAGUUUCAAUAUCAAUAAACGCGCAACUCAUCUUUGAUUACAAAAAUAUUGUGUUUGUUUAUACUUAUGAUCAUUAAAUAUUUUUAAUGCGUUUGUAAAGUUACCAAACAAAGGUUUUAUUUAUUUUAGCAAGGAAUGGAGCUAUUGGAUUUUUAAGUCAAAGAUUUUUUCUUCUAUUGUUAUUACAUUAAUUUAUUUAGGAAAAAUAUUAAUAUACAUUACCAUGAAUCAUCAAGAUAAUGUUCACAAUUAUUGAGCAUAUUUUCUUGUUUCAUGUAGGCUAAACCGGUUCGUUCCAGGAACGAGUCUUUCGCACGUUUUUGAAUGAGCUAGACUUAAAACUUUAUUUUAAUUUAUUAUUUGAAUACAUAAUUCUAGUUUUAUUUUGACGGCGCUCAAUAAUGUACAUAAUAUUUAAUAUAUUGUAUCUACUAUAGUUUCUUUACUGUAAUAAGAAUAUAGAACCAUCAUAGACUUGAAAUUGUAUUUUCUUCUUUGGUUGUUAUUUACAGUUUAGUCGUUAUGUUUUCAUUGCUUAUAAUGUUUUUUCCUUCUAAUUAAAUUGUAUAUGUUAAUUAUCAA